AUGAACCUCUUCAAGCGGCUAGCAGUAUGGUCUGCAGCGCUAUACGUGACCACUGCCCAUGCAGAACCUCUCGUCUCAAGCCCAGGUGAACGAGCAGUUAUUCCAGGAUGGAGCAUGCAAUCUGCAACCUGGGCACAAAUUGACAUGUCCAGACUAUCUCAAUCUGGUGUUAAUGUAUCUUCAUGGUGGAGAGUUGGAGGCCGCAGCACCGUGAUGGCUGGCCUUCUCGAGAACGGUGUAUACAAUGAAACUGAACUAUUUUUUUCGAACAACAUGGAAAACUUGGCAGAUCAAGCAAUCUUCAAAGAGCCAUGGAUCUACCGAGAGGAGUUUAGUAUCUACCCUUCCAAUAAUCAAUACGUCACCUUGAAAACGCACGGAAUUACAUCCAAGGCAGAUAUCUAUGUGAAUGGUGCAUUGAUCGCAACAAGUGACCAACAACAAGGUUCGUAUGGAGGACACCAGUAUGACUUGACAAACCACCUUCGAGCCGGGUUCAACUGUCUUCUGAUUGUUGCCUACCCGACGAACUAUCUUCGCGAUUUCGCCAUAGGAUUCCUCGACUGGAAUCCUUACCCUGCCGACAAUGGGACCGGCAUUUGGCGCGAUGUAGAGGUCAUACAAACGGGCGCAGUAUCAAUGUCCCCACUGAGAGUUGUCACCGAUUUUACCGAGGCUGGAUCUAACGACAAUGUACAUGUUACGUUGAAAACAGAGAUUUCGAACCACGCGCCUCACACCGUUCAAGUAGAAGUGAACGGCACAAUAAUAGGACCCAUCUAUGCAGACAAUGCUGCGAUCUGGGGAACAUUUGAAUUGCAGCCCGGUGAGGAAAGGACAAUUUCCAUCGAAGCUGCGCUCAGAAAUCCACAAAUAUGGUGGCCGUCGGGCUGGGGAGAGCAGCCAAUGUACAUAGUUGAGGCCGACGCGAUGAUCAGAGAGGACGAAUUGAUACUUUCGGACUCUUCGGUGCAAACAUUUGGUAUUCGACAUGUUUCAUCUCAAUUGAACGAGCACAACGACACGGCUUUCGCUGUGAACGGACAUCCGUUCCAGGUGUUAGGUGCCGGAUAUAGUGCAGAUAUCUUUAUGCGGUUUGACAAACAAACAAUCUCAACCAUCCUGCAGUACAUGAUCGAUUUAGGACUGAACACUAUCCGCCUAGAAGGGAAGCAAGAGCAUCCUGAAUUCUACGACCUCGCCGAUCAAAUGGGACUCAUGGUUCUAGCCGGGUGGGAAUGUUGCAACAAAUGGGAGGCAUGGGAUUACAAUAACGAUGCAGAUGGUGUGAAAUGGGGAGAAUCUGACUAUGACGUUGCACGCGCAUCGAUGCUUCACGAAGCAGAGAUGAUGCAGGCACAUCCUUCCCUUCUCGGAUUUCUAGUGGGCUCGGAUUAUUGGCCCAACGAUCAUGCAGCCGAAUUAUACAUCGAAGCAUUACAUCAAAUGGACUGGAACCUUCCGAUAAUUGCAUCUGCCAGUAAAAGGGGCCAUCCCCAAGCUCUGGGUCCAUCAGGUAUGAAAAUGAGCGGACCAUACGAUUGGGUCCCCCCAAUUUACUGGUAUGGCGAUGAAGAGGGAGCAGCCUUCGGAUUCGGCUCCGAAUUAGGCGCAGGAGUUGGAACCCCAGAAUAUGAUAGCUUGCAAAGAUUCAUGUCAAAAAAGGAUCUUGACACUCUCUGGAAAGAGCCACAUAUGGGCUCGUAUCAUAUGUCUACAAAUGUUUCUGCUUUCUAUGGUCGUUCGAUCUACAACAGGGGACUAUUUGCUCGAUACGGCAUCCCGUACAGUAUCGAGGACUACGUGAGGAAAUGCCAGAUGGCAGAUUAUGAAGCCACUCGUGCCCAGUUUGAGGCGUACUCGGCUCGUCAAAAUGCUUCUAGGCCUGCAACCGGGGCAAUCUACUGGAUGUUGAAUAGUGCAUGGCCAAACCUACACUGGCAGCUUUUUGACUACUAUCUUCAACCCAUGGGUUCUUAUUUUGGUACCAAAGUCGGGACACGGGUGGAACAUAUUGCUUAUAAUUACGAGGAUGAAACUGUCUGGCUGAUGAACCACUCCCUUGACAAGCAAGGAGAGCGAGAAAUAACAAUUGAUCUAAUCGAUACAAAGGGAAAGGAAAUCUCCAGUGCGAUGGUCAAGACACGCACCACGCCCAGCUCCUCAAAGGAGCUUCAAAUGGUCAAGGGAAUUGACAAAAUAAAGGAUGUUGGAUUUCUUCGACUCGUGCUUCGUGAUGUUAAGGGUGAAAAAGACUUGAGUCGCAAUGUAUACUGGCUGUCUUCCAAGCCCGACGUCCUCGACUGGCCAGAGUCCACCUGGUUCUCCACUCCAGUCACAGAAUAUGCGGAUUUCACGAAGCUGGAAUCACUCACUCCAGCCGACAUGAAGGUAACCAUUAAGCCCCCAAAGAAUGAUCAGUCAGGCAGCGGAUGGACCUCUUUAGAAGUUCAGCUUGAGAAUGAAUCGAAAAUCCCCGCUGUGUUUAUACACCUGGACAUGUUGAGCCCGGUAGACGAUACCAAAUUGGCACCUUUUUACUGGUCUGAUAACUAUGUGACUCUAUGGCCAAAAGAACAUCUUGAUCUAACGGUGUCCUAUGAGGGCGAAAUAGCAAAUAUCUCAAGUUGGCUGAAAGUCACGGGGCGUAACAUCCGUUACAAUGGGCCUGCAGACAUAAGAGACUCUGAUUAA